AUGAGGGGACAUGGAAGGUUUAAGAAGCCUAGAGGACCGAUUCGACUUCCUGCUCAUACAAGUCAAGAGGAGGCGACUGCAGUUGACGUACAAGAGCAUGAGCCGCAGUUACCACGGACAUCGAUGGGACUUGGGGAUAUGGAGCUUCAGAUAUGGGUACCAUUUGCAUCUGGUGUACAGCCAUGUCAUAGUGAUCUUUUACACCCAUUGGAGUUGUGCAGUCGCAGGAUCACUCUGAUAAUAGAAGAAAGAUUGAUCGCUGAAGGGCAUUGUUGGAAGACAGUACCAAAUGACACUAAGGAGUUUUAUUGGCAGGAAUUCAAGAAAUACUUAUUAUGGGACCAAGCAAUUAACAGCUUGGUCAAAAUUGUAUGGCAGAAAAAGGCUGCUGAGAGAUAUAGGGGCCUUAUGUGGGAAAUCAGGAAAGGGAAGACGAAGAAUCUAGCUACACUAGAUUCUGUUUUGAGGAAGUGGCAGGAAACUUGGAACACUUCUGAAUAUAAAGAGAAGUGUGACAAGUUUUCUGCCAAUAGGUGCAGUGAGGCUAGAGGGGCAGGAUCUGACAUUUCCAGGCACGCUUGCGAAUCAGUUUCACAAUAUACCCACCGGCAGAGGAUGAGAGAAAGACUAGGAAGAAAACGACAUCCUCAUGAGCUUUUCAAAGCCACACAUAAGAGAAAGGGGACGGAGGAGUUUAUUGAUAUUAGGUCAAAAGCUAUUUAUAAAAAGAGUCGAGUUAAUGGAUUAGGGUCCCAGGCUUCUGCAUAUUUUCAUGAAACAUCUCAUUGUUUCGCUUCAUACACGUCUGCACCCCAAGUGGAUCCUCCUACCAUUGAAGCAAUGAGCAAUAUGCAGAAUAAAAUUGAUCGACUAGAGACAGAGAAUGGUCGACUUAACACAGUGGUGGAGGAGUUGCAGGCGUUUAUGCAUAGGAUGAUGGCACAACAGGGUGUUGGGAUAUCCACUCAGACAUCUGCUCUUAGGGCACCUCCAGUUUCGUCUCCACAAUAG